AUGGGGGAGGCACAUCAUCAGGCGGACGCAGAAUGGCCGGCUGCGGCAUGGGGAGGCCAUGGUUGGCGCUGGAAUGGAGGGACCUGGUCCCACAAUUGGUUUGACGGUUGGUACCCAUGGAGCUGGAGUUGGUGGAGUUCACCAAGUUGGUCAACUUGGGAUAGUUGGGGUUCUUGGCGUGGCUGGAGAUCGGAGGAGCCUGCUUGGUCGAAAUGGGACUGGAACAGGUCCUCUGACCAGGCUCAUUGGUGGAGAGACUCUGGUGAGGAGUCCCAGGGAGGAUGGCAACCUGAAGGCCGGCCUGAAGCAGAACCUGAAAGCAGCAAGGAGCCUGGCUGGUCGAACUGGGACUGGAACAGGUCUUCUGACCAGGCUUCAUGGUGGAAAAACUCCGGUGAGGAGGCUCACGGAGGGUGGCAACCUGAACGCAGGCCUGAAGCAGAACCUGAAAGUAGCAAGGAGCCAGAUACUGAGCCGCAAACGCAUCCCGAUGAGGUGCCCAAGGUGAGUGCAAUUGAGAACCACACCGCGGUGACAAUGAUCCUUCCGUCACCCAGCUCCGCCAAUGCGGCGGGUGGCUCCAGUGAGGAGCCUCGCAGUCCCGUCGAGGAUCCCUUGGUGCGGGAUGACCCUUGGAAGCGCAGAGAAGCUGACAAGGACCUCUCCGUCCAAUCGCGGCAGGCGUCCCCCCCGCGACAGCGCGAGCUGUCGCGGCCACCACCACUGCGGCCAGCUCGGGAUUUGCGUUCCAAGAUUUUUGUCUCGGGACUUAGUGGCGACACCUUGCCACAAACCUUGGGUGAGUACUGUCAAGGCGUCGGUGAGGUGCGCUAUGCCACGGUCUAUAUGGACCCGGACAGUGGCAGUUCCAAUGGCACAGGGAAGGUCGACUUUGAUAGCCAAGAAACCGCCGAGCGCGCCAUCCGGGAGUUGAAUGGCACCACACUGGAUGGCUGCAAAAUUCUCGUGCAAUCUUUGGCUGAUGUGCCUGCCCACUUCUGGCAACGGCGAGACACAGCUGGCUGCGCUGUCUUUGUGGGAAAUUUGCACCCCACAGUGACCAGGGAGGAGCUGCUACUUGGUAUGAUGCAGGAGAGGUGA